AACAAAAGAGAAAAAUAAAAAGAAAAAAGAGCGGAAAAAAAGGCAUCGCCGUCGUUGAGUAGAGCCGUAGAGGACAUCAGCGGCCAAGCCUUCUUCCCCUUCGAUGCGCCGUCUUCUCCCCAGCCGGCACCGGCCGCCGUCUCCUUCCUCUUCCACUCGAACCCAAUAAUUGGUAGAAUCCGACUCCGUCCCAUCUCCCUCACUCUCUAAGCCAAAAUCCAAGAAACCGCGAGAAUCUCCAAGAAUCCAAGAACCGUCAUGGACAUGGACCCGCUGCUGCCGGCCCACCUCAACCCGCUGCCGGAGCACUCGACGGUGUCCUCCUUCUCCCCUUCACCCUCCCCGGCCUCUUCCUACAAGGACCGCAUCAUCUUCGGCGCCCACCCGCCGCCGCUGCCGCCGCCGCCACCGCCACCUCCUCCGCCACCGCCGCCGUACUACGCGCACCGCCGCCGCAUAUCCGUCGACGGGAAAGACUUCGACCUUCCAUCCUGCUCCUCGUCCCCGCCCUCGCCGCCGUCGGACCCGGAGGACCCCUCCUCCGCCUCCGCCACCGGCGGCGCGUCCUCGCUCUUCGACUUCCUGGCCGGCGCCGCCGGUGCCCGCACUAACCUCCACCGCUCCCGCACCGCGCCGGCCAUGGCGCCGCUCAGCGCGGCCACACUCGAGGCCGCUGCAGCGGGCGGCGAUCAGCCGCCGGCGCCGCCGCGGCGGCCUUCCAUCGUGCUGCACGCGUUCCUCUUCCUGCUCGCCUACCUCGCCCUCGGCGUCACCUUCUACGCCGCUGCGCCGGCCAACUUCGCCUCCUCCGCCGGGCCCACGCACCCCGUUGCCGACGCGCUGUACUUCUGCAUCGUCACGCUCUGCACCAUCGGGUACGGGGACAUCACGCCAGCGACCCCCGCCGCCAAGCUCUUCUCCAUCUCCUUCGUCCUGGUCGGCUUCGGCUUCGUCGACAUCCUCCUCUCUGGGAUGGUCUCCUACGUGCUCGACCUCCAGGAGCACCUCCUCAUCACCGCGCUCAAGAACCCGCACUCCGCGCGCAAGCACCGCCACAACUACAUCUUCGACAUCAAGAAGGGCCGGAUGCGCAUUCGCAUGAAGGUUGCUCUUGCGCUCGGUGUGGUGGCCAUCUGCGUGGGCAUUGGGGCCGCGGUGCUCAGGAAGGUGGAGAGCCUGGGUUGGCUCGAUGCGGUCUACCUUGCGGUGAUGUCAGUGACCACGGUUGGAUACGGGGACCAGGCAUUCAGGACGCUACCUGGGCGGCUUUUCGCAUCUGCCUGGCUGCUUGUGUCGACCCUAGCCGUGGCAAGGGCAUUCCUCUACUUGGCAGAGAUGAGGAUUGACAAGAGGCACCGCGCCAUGGCCAACUGGGUGCUGUCAAGAAACAUGACCAUAUCAGAGUUUCUUGCUGCGGAUAUCGAUAACAAUGGAUAUGUCACGAAAUCAGAAUUUGUAGUUUACAAGCUCAAGGAGAUGGGGAAGAUUUCUGAAAAAGAUAUCAUGAUGAUCUGUGACCAAUUCCAAAGGUUGGACACAGGAAACUGUGGAAAGAUUACGCUUUCGGAUCUUCUCGAGAGUCGUCACUUGGUUGCAGAUCCCAGGGACAAGAAAAAGGGGAAGAAAUCAUGACAGAUGUCAUAAAAAUCAUAGAGCAGUGUAUGAAUUUUGGGGCCAGGAAGUUUGCAAAAUCAGCAAGGCUAGAUUUAGGAGGCUGUCUCCUACACCGAAUGCGAGAGGCGGAAGGUAGUGUAGCUCCAUAGCAGCUAUAAUUGCUCUCCAGUUCUGGUUCUACCCUAGAAAGGGUGGCAAGAUCAUUGCUGUGAAUAGGCGGCUGUAAAUAUGAACAAUCAUACUGGGCGAUCUAUUCAGAUUCUUUUAAGAAAUAUAUGGUGGAGGGUUAGGCGUUUAUUUUGAUAUU